AACAUCUCACGCUUGAACAUUGCAGUUAUCCCGUUUCCGACAGAAUAGACUCAUAAGGUUUUUGAGUCGUCUGGGCUAUAAAAUUAGCAAAUGCCCCCUUCCCCUUCCGAUCUUGAAAGUCGUCCAACCAAGAUUACAAAGAUGGAUGAUUCUAUGGAUGUCGCGGACGCCGUUACUGGGACUGCUCCUGUGCCUUCAUAUCGCCCAGACGCAAAGGCUAGACGUUACGACCGACAACUUCGGCUCUGGGCUUCUGCAGGGCAAAGAUCUCUAGAACAGGCCCGAGUACUUUUAGUCGGGUGUGAUGCUGCUGGCUCUCAAUCCCUAAAGAAUCUCGUUCUUCCUGGCAUCUCACAAUUCACCAUUCUAUCCUCCAAGAUAACUACUGCCCAAGACGUUGCAACCAACUUCUUCUUGCAUCCAGACUCGAUCGGGUCGAACAUCGCCCAGGAGAGCGUGAAGUACCUUCAGGAGCUCAAUCCUGCCGUCAAAGGUGAAGCUCAUAUGGAGGAUCCUGCCCUUAUCAUCAAGACUAAUCCGAGAUUCUUCCUCUCCUUCGCUCUCAUUAUUUUGUCAAACGUCGAACCGUACCUUGAAAACCAGAUUGCAGAGAUUCUUUGGGAAGCUUCUUCAUCGGUUGACGGUCCUGAUAUCCCAUUAAUCGCCAUCCGCAACUCUGGUUUCAUCAGCCGAGUCCAAAUCCAACUUCGAGAGCAUACUGUCGUUGACAGUCACCCCGAUACUACCCACACUCUUCGGAUUGACCAACCUUUUCCUGCACUUGAGCAACAUGCUCGCUCUUUGGAUUUUGCAAACAUGGACUCUAUGGAGCAUUCCCAUAUUCCUUGGGUAGUCCUUCUUGUCAGGGCUGCUAGUCUGUGGAAAGAAUCGCACGGCGGCAAGCUGCCCGAGACCAAUGAGGAGAAGGCAGAGUUCAAGGAAAAGCUGAAAGCAGAAAAGAUCAAGGAGGAUGAGGAGAAUUACGAUGAGGCGAUGGCACAAGCGUACAGAGUGUGGAUUAAGUCAGAACUGCCGUGGGAGAUUAAAUGCCUGCUAGAUGACGAGACUGUCAAGAACAUCUCCACAAACUCUAAGAACCUGCACAUCCUCCUUCACACGCUCAGCCAAUACAUCAUCCCUGCCCCCCAUCUUCCGCCUACCUCCCCGUCUCUUCCUGAUAUGCACUCCAGCACAGCCCACUAUGUCGCUCUCCAAAACAUGUACAAAGCUCAAUAUCAAGCUGAUCUCAAGCAAUUCAAGUCUCUCUUGAAUGAGGUCUUGCGAAAUAUCGGCCUGCCAACCGACACCGUACCCGAUGAGGAAUUGGAGGGAUUCGUCAAGAAUGUAGGUGGAGUAGGCAUUAUCAAGGGGACUCCUCUCAGCGACAGUAAGAACAUUAGGGGUCUCUUGCCAACCGAGCUUGAAAAUUUCGACGAGGAAAUCGAUUCCGCAACUUGCCUCUCCAUGUACCUGGCCCUUCUUGCAUCCGAAACCUUCUUCGAGUCCGAGAAACGAUGGCCCGGUGCCAGUUCUUUAGACAACUUGGCGGCAGACAACGAAAAGGUUCAACAGAUACUCCUUGAUUUGUUCCCAAUUUUCAGUGAGGGUUUGCCUGAAAUUCUCGAACAGAGCGUUGAAGAAGUUAUUCGAGGUGGUUUUGCCACCGUUCCCAACACUGCCGCUUUUGUUGGCGGUAUUGUUGCCCAAGAAGCCAUUAAGCUCGUCACCAACCAGUACUCACCUUUGGAUAACACUGUGGUGCUCAACUUGAUUAAGAGCGAAUCAUCCAAGUUCAAGUUUUAGAAAAUAUGCCUCGGGGUUGGAAGGAAGAUGUAGUCAUUUUGGGUGGCUGUCGUAGAUGAUGUUAAAACAAGAUACGAUGUUAGAAAAGACGGCAAGAAUACCUAUCUCAUAAUCAUUUGGGGCAAUCGCGUUCUUUGUACUUCUCGAGGGGCGAUGUUGCACAUGUCAGGAAAGGGGAAUAACGGCAGGCCGGUCAUACAUAUCAUGCUCCCAACAGCCUAGCAUCAUCAUGGAAUGCUACAGUUGAGAAGAAAGGCUUCAAAAGUGCAAUUUUCUUUUGUCUGCAUUUAAUAUGCAAGACGAGAGUCAUUCGUUCCCGCCGGCGUUUUGUUAGCCGAAAUGGAGACUGCAGCUCGCCGGCGCCGAAAGAUGGUAGAUGAGUGGACGCAUGGAAUGACAUACAUCAUAAUGUG